UUUUCAGUAUUUUAUGCACUGUGAUGCUCACUUAGAAACAGUUCGUUGUGGAAAAGUGGUUAACAACCCCACCUGGUCUGUGCGGGCGCGGCCUUUCCCCUUCGUCUAUAAAGCCACCAGGAAUUCACUUCUGCCGAACAUUCACUCGUCGCUUCGUCACUCAUUUGUUCAUCAUGUGGCUGCUUAUCUUUGCAGGUCUUUUAGCAAUUUCCGCGUGCGAGGAGACUAUUUCCCCUGCACCAGAAAAGGUAGGAACGUCUUCUGGCAAUGCCGACGACAUUGUCAUGUUGGAAAUUGAUGUGAAAGAACCUGUCAAGAGGUCACCGAUAGCUGCCAAUGCCGACUAUGGAGCACCUAAUCAAUAUGUUCUUCAAAAUGCUGAUGGUACUCAACAGCUGUCGCCGGAGUACCUGUCCGUUCUAGAACAGUAUACGCAAGAACAGCCUCAAGCACCGCCGCAACGCAGACCUCAACCAGCUUAUGCAAGGCAACAACAAGCGCUGCAACAAGCUUAUUACAACUACCGAAAGCCAGCAGUGGUUCCGCCCAGACCACGUCCCCAGCUUCAUCCCCAGGCUUUAGCUCAAGCUGAAGCAGCUGCGGAGAUUCAAGCUCAAGUGGACGCACAAAAUCGCGCGGAAGCUAUUCGCACUGCUCGUUUAGGUUCGAAUCCACCACCCGCGAAUGCAUAUCAACCAUCCUAUUCUCAAUCAAAAUUAGGAACGUUCGAACAAGAAUUAUUGCAGCUAGUUUCUGCCAAUCAAGCUCAAGAGUUCAAAUUGCUACCUACUCAACCGAAAGGUAGCUCGUCAGCUUAUUCUCAACAAUUAGUGAGCUACCCUGCCGAAUACGCGAAACCAGCACCAGCGCCGGCUCAACUGCCCGAACAAUAUCAUAUCGAAACGUCUCCUCCGCGUUAUCAACAACCACAACAACCACAACCGGUAGCAGCUUAUCAGUCGAUCGAAGAACCCGUUCAGUAUCAAGCACCGGCCGUGAAACCUUUCAAUCCUUCGCCACAAUAUGAUUACAUCGACGACGACGCGCAUCUCAAAGCCUUGGAGCAGGCUCAGGCCCAGGCUCAGGCACAAGCUGAAGCACAAGCGUUAGCUUACCAAAAGGUAGCGCAAGCCGCGUAUAACAAACACCAGCAACAAGCUUUGGAACAGAUAAGGCUCACGAAUGACCGUCACAGGCAACAGUCUGCUUUGGAGCAAAUCCAACAAGGCGCUCAGGUGAGCGACGCUGGACGCAAUUACUUGCACGAGCAACUGCAGCCAAAGAGCGCGGAAGCCGCGUACAAGGCGAAGCUGAAGGCUCAAUCGUCUGCGGAAACGGCCGAGGCGAGAAAAUACCAGCAAGCCGCGGAAUUUAAGGCCCACGCGGACGCUAUUCGUAAGCUGGAAGCUCAACAACGCGCUCAUCUCAAGGUGCAGGAAGAAGUUCACAACUAUGCUUUGAACUUUGAGAAGAAUCAAGCUCGCGCCCAAGCUCUGGCGCAGGCUCAGGCCGAAGCUUUGUACAAACUUCAGGUUCGGGGACGCAGCGAGGUCAACAAAGAGAUUCUAGCCAUUUCCAAGGGUCAGAUAGAAGGGAAGAAGGCUGAUCCUGUUUCACCCGUCUAUCACUUUACUCUGCAAACCGUCAACCAGCCCCUACCCGCGCCCAACAGUUACUUCACCAACGAUCAACUGCAAAAAUACCAGGCGUCCGGCUCUUCCCACGUCCCCAGAUCGGUUCCCAAACCCGACGACGUGAAUCCCGUGGAUGGAACCCAAGCUCAAGCGCAAUCCGUCAUCACGCAACCUCGGCAAACGCACAAACUCAAGAUCCCGUCGUCCUCUCAGUCCGUUUACGUCUCCGAAUCGGGUUUGCUGAAAAAGUCUCCCAUCAAAUCGUUAACCAUAGAAGAAGUCGAGCCAGAUCAGAUAAAUAAUCACCCGGCGUUUCAAGCUACCGGUUCUACGGUACGCGCGUUGACGGAGGAGGAUUUGUCCGCUUUGAUAAACGCAGGAUACACCGUCGGUCCUGUCGCGCAAACCGCGAAACCCGAUCAACAAAUUUACGCGGUCGAAAACACGUCGGCGGGUUAUUAUACGAAAACACAAAAAGCUCCAAUUUUGAGACCCGAGUACGUAACUUACGAGGAAGUGAUUCAACGUCCGCGCAAACUUAUCAGAAAAAACAGGCCGAUCCUGAAGCACAACGACAGAGAAACUGACGCCAGUGAGAAAGUUACUUACUUGGUACCUUUGGAAUCCUCCUUCGGCACGAGACAACCUCCACUGAAACACGAAGAAUAAUUCGGUAUUAAUGUUCCGUGUAUUAUCAUUGCGUUGAGUAUUAACGAUGCAACUUGUAACUCAAGUAUAGGUCUUGCCUUUCGUUCUUUAUUAUUUCGUAUUCCAAUGUACAUAGAACUUUUCGCGGUUCUUGGAACCGCUAAGGUAUGAACAAAAAAUUAACGGUCCGAGGAUUUGGAAAUUCGUCGGAUUAUCAUUCUUUGUUUGCACCUCCGGAAGUUCAUUAAAUUGAAAUAUUGAACAUUUGCAUUAAUUACGAAUGAGUUUAUACUUUUACGAACGUUUUGAUGAUAUGUUAAUUUUAUAUUUCCCUUUGAAAUGAAGUAAUUAUUAACUGUAGAAUAGCGAUGAUUUAUUUCCUAAAUUCAAUGCGAACCUCCCGUAUUCCACAACCUAUGUUUUCUCUUUAUCUGUUCAUGUUGCGUGUUGCUUCGAGACACGAUUACGGUGAAUCGAACGCGUCGAUCGACCAGUAAAAAUAUGGUUGAUUCGUGUAUAUUUAUUAUGGAUGGUUUAAUGUUUUUCAGAAUUUAAACGCAAAUUUUUCUUGAAUAUUAACCGAAUUCCGUUACUGGUUAUUGAAUUAUAUAAUGUCGAUCGACGCAAGCGAUUCGAUUAAAUCACAGUUCUUUAAGCAUAGAUAUACAUCGCGGA